UGGUGGAGGCGCGGCUGCCGAGUGGUGGAGGCGCAGCGGCUCGUGUGCUGUCGAUGGUCUCAGCCUUGGCCACUCAAGCAACCAAUGCAAAGCCAUCGGCUUCGGGCGGCAGCAGUGGAGGAGGCGGCGCGUUGUGGUCAUCGUCGUCGUAUGGGGUAGCGGUCGCUGUCACGGCCAUGGCGGGGGUAGCCCUGGCCGCAGUCCUGAUUUACAGUCGCAGGUAAUUUUGUUGUUAAAUGAGAGCCCUCGGCAGAUCCCCCACCACCACCACUACUAGUGCCACAUCGUCAUCAUCCUCCUCCUCUCCUACUUCUUCUUGGAUACACUUGCGAUCGCUCCUUCUUGUUGCUGCCGCUACCUCUGGGUCCAAGGGGGGUAGUCUAAAGUCACCAUGGUCGCGUAGAAGAAGAAAGCACGCUCUAGCACCACAACAGUGGAAGAACUUUUUCUCAUCUGAUGGAAAACUUCUUGAUGGGGGGAUAAAGUUUCUUAAGAAAGUCCGUAGUGGGGGUGUUGAUCCCAGCAUAAGGGCAGAGGUUUGGCCUUUCCUCCUUGGCGUCUAUGACCUUAAUAGCACAAGAGAAGAAAGAUUCACCAUCAAAAAUCGGAAAAGAAAGGAGUACAAUGAUCUGAGGAAACAGUGCCGUCGCCUUCUGAGAAACAACAGCGAAUACUCCAAGAAAUCAUCAAGGGGAAGCAUCAAAGAAGAAGGAUGCAGCUCACAUCAAGACCUUGACAACUCCCCAUGCUCUGAAGACGUGGUUAGUGCAAGGCAAUCUCUGUCAACAGAGGAAGCCAGCCUCGACAGUGGUGGGGACAUCGACUCCAACCUCACCACUGAAAACCAAACACUUGACAAGUCCCCCUCUUUAGGCGAAGCUGAUAGCCCCAUGCUAGGAGAAAAUGGGUCUUUGGAUGACUCAGAAGAAGAAAAAGGAAAGGAGCAAGAAGUUGAAACAGAAGAAGAUGAAGAAACAAGCCCGUUCUCAAGUAUAGAGGGAGAAAAUAGGCUUUCCAAGGUGGAAUCAAUCAAGGGGAAGAAUGAUGGGACAGAGGUGGCCGAUGAAGAUUUUGCCACAUGGCAGCGUAUCAUUCGCCUGGAUGCAUUACGGGCCAAUGCUGAGUGGGUCCCAUAUUCUCCAUCGCAAGCUUUGGUCUCUGAGGCAAAGGCUCGGCGUGCAGCCGAAGCUGUUGGGCUCCGUGACUACAACCACCUUGAGCCAUGCCGAAUAUACCAUGCUACUCGUUUGGUGGCUAUACUUGAAGCCUACGCCCUCUAUGACCCAGAGACUGGCUAUUGCCAAGGCAUGAGUGAUCUUCUCUCUCCAAUUGUGGCCAUAAUUGAAGAGGAUCAUGAGGCCUUUUGGUGCUUUGUAGGCUUCAUGAAAAGUGCUCGCCAUAACUUUAGGCUUGACGAAGUGGGUAUCCGAAGGCAACUCAACAUAGUGUCGAGGAUCAUAAAGACCAAGGAUUCACAACUUUAUAGGCAUUUGGAGAAGGUGAAGGCCGAGGAUUGCUUCUUUGUCUAUAGAAUGGUGGUUGUGCUUUUCAGGAGGGAGUUGAAUUUUGAGCAAACUGUGUGUUUAUGGGAGGUGGUUUGGGCUGAUCAGGCAGCGAUUAGGGCAGGGGUUGGUGGCGGGAGGAGGGGGCGGGCAAGGAGACGGGGCCCGCCACCCACAAAUGAUUUGUUGCUUUAUGCGAUUGCAGCUGGCGUUUUGCAGAGGAGGAAGUUGAUUAUAGAGCGAUACAAUAGCAUGGAUGAGAUACUGAGGGAGUGCAACAGCAUGGCAGGGCAGCUUGAUGUGUGGAAGCUGCUCGAUGAUGCGCAUGACUUGGUUGCUUCCCUACAUGAUAAGAUAUAGUCUCUCUCUCUCUCUAUCCAUAUGCGGGGGCUGCUGGAUGAUACCUAUGACUUGGGUGCCUCCGCUCUGUCCCCCCUCCACACGCAAGAGCCACUGCCUCUCUGUUUUGUUUUGUUUUCAUUUGGUUCAAUGUUUAUUAUUAUUUUUACUCCGAGGUAUGGCUGGACCUGCGAUAAAAGAUCGCAGGGGUGGGUUUUAGGCUAACUUUUAUAUUACAAUCUUUAGUGUAUGCAAGACAAGGUUGGUGGUGGUGUUAAUGGAACAAGGGGCAGGAGUUGGGGUUGGUUGCCAUGGCAUUUAAUAUUUGCAAUGCCAAGAGGCUUUCAUGUUUGGCAUGAUGAAAGUAUGGUUUUUUGCUGGGCAGCCACUGGGCCUAAACUUGUGCAUGUUUGUUUUGGUUGGAACCCAAUUCUGUUCAAGUGGAGAGACUGAAUAACCAUUUGGUUGGAUCACAGCCUGCUCUUUGCAUGUAGUUGAAUGAUGCAUUUUGAGUUUCUUGUUUAUAACGCAAUCUCUUCCUGUGA